CUAGCUACCAAUUACUUUCUCGUAUUCAUCCAGACAGCUAGCUAGUUAUCUUACAGAAAGACACAUUCACCAUCCUUACCACUCCGAUUUAGAAAACAAGGUAAGUUGAACUAUUCUAAUAGCUAGAGACAAUGCCAAUGAGUAACACGUUGUUGUUGAGAAGCUAGGCCUAUAUACCGCGCCACGGUUUUGCAAGAAGAAUGGAAGUUGAUAGUAAAUAAAGCGUUUUCCUGUGUCUUGUCUCGUAGCAGAAUGUUGGGGGAAUGCGGUAUGUUGGAACUAGACAGAAGAGCGCUUCGGAAACGCUCUGUGACCCUCUGCAAAGAGAUGGUGGUGGACGAGCUGUUAAUUCAGUCGCUGCAGGCAGACGACAUUCUUACCGACAGUAUGGCAGAAAGCAUCCUGGUAUGUUGUUCACCAUGUUAAAUUUCGUAGCUCGAUACUACUACCAGGUGACUUAUGACACUAUCAACUUCCCAAAAAUUUAUGCAUUUAUGGCCCAAAUGUCUUCUUGUUGAUUUAUGUCAUUAACUUCAGUCAUGUAAUCAAAUGUGAAUGUUAGCGUAGAUCAGGGUUUCCCAAACUCGGUCCUUGAAACUCGGUUUUGGGCCCCCCCUGUGUGCAUGGUUCAAAGCUUGAUGAUGAGUUGGUUAUUUGAAUCAGGUGUAGUGUUAGGGCUAAAACCAAAACGUGCACCCAGGGGGCGCCCCAGGACAAAGUUAGGGAAACCCUGGUGUAGAUUACCUUGUCUUUGACUUUCCAUUUUUUCUAAUCUCUGUUGAUAUCCGUUGUUCCCCAGGCGGAGCCGACCUCCCACAAGCGGGGCUGGCGUCUGCUGUCCCUGCUCCCCAAGCGUGGUCCCAGAGCCUUCAGCAGCUUCUGCUCAGCACUGAGAGACACAGAGCAACAGCACCUAUGUGCACUGCUCACAGAGUCACCAGAGAGAGACAGCAGGGAGAGGGACAGAGAGAGACAGGUGAGUGGGCACUGGGUGCCACACCACACACAAUAAUCAGAUAUUGAUCCAGACAGACGGGCAGAAGGACAAAGAUAGAAAGGGAGAAUGUAGACAUGGAGGGAGAGGGUAGGUAUGGAGAGAGAGAGGGGUGAGUGCCACAACCAACCUAAGCCUCAAACUGUGCCCCUUACUCAGUGUCCCCAGACAGAUAGGGUGAAAUACAGGGCUGAGGAGGUGAGUUCUACAACAUACCCAAUCCAAGCUUCAGACCGCUAUGCCCCAUUCACAAAGACCCCAGUCAAAAGCAGUGAGAAAGAGGGAUGAAGAAAAAGAGGUGAGACUAGCCCACACCUAACCCAAGCUACAGACUAGGGUUGAAUCUUUUCCUGGUAUUUUACAAAUGUUCCACCCCGAGGGAAAAAAAAACAACCUGUAUUUCCCGCCAAAACCGGAAGUGUCAUUCAAAAGCAUAUAAAUAUGUUAUAAAAAUUAAAACCUAAUGCUACCUGAGCCUGAUGAGCCAUAUGUUAAGUACAUUUUAUUAGCCCUACAUUAACGACAUUUAAUUAACCCAAACCCCAAAAACCCCAAAUGAUUGUGCCAUUAUCUAUAUAAUAUAGGCUACUGCACAUUACGCACGACAGAAAAACAUUGAAGCACAUAGAUGUAGCUAGCUAUAUGCUCGCUUGGGUAAAUAAAUGAAACUAGCUCCAGUAGGCUAAUCUUUUUGAGUGUGAACUAUAUUAUUCUAUUGUAUUAUAUGGACUGGAAUUAUGCACAUCGUUCAAUCCAUGAUAAAGCAGAAGAGAACUUGCGAUUCUGAUGCAGCACAUGCGGCCUACAAAGUAUAGGCUAGUGAAUUUGAUUUUAAUUUUGAAAUAUAAUAGGACCUAUUUGUAUAAUUAGUAGGCUAUCGCGUAUAUAUACCUUUCAUAAUAUUUCCCCUAAUGUUAUUCUCUCUGUUGCUUCAUUCCUUCCUCGCUUUCAACAGAUAAAUUAAAUACGUUUUGUUGUCCUUAUCUUCAUCAUUCUAAUGACACCUUGAAUAAUAUUGGACUAGAAUUGGAUGCAGAAGGCUUUCACUUCUCUUCACGAAGAUUGAAUGGUUAUGGGUCUGAAUAAAUAACUGCUAUAGCCUACCGCCAUCGCGUGUUCACUCUUCUUUCAAACUACCUGUGAGUUCGAUUGGCUGUUGUAUUUAACAUUCAGCAAAAAAUAGCUUAUUCGAAUAGUCUAUUGGUAUAAGAAAUGCUAAAAAGAUUGUCUAGUCUAGCUUUUCCUGCAUGGGACUCUAAGAGCUAAGGAGCGUUUUUUAAGGAGAGGCCAGCGGAGCACAGGUGCUUGUGUAUUGCGCAAGAGACAGAGGCUAUAAGUUAGAAGCUUAUUAUGCAUAACCCACCAUUAAUUAGCUAAAUAUAAGGCUAAUACUGCAUUGAAUGUAUUCCCUGUAAGAGGUAGGCUAGGACAUCUAUCGCUCUCUCUAUAUAUCACAAUCUAGAACAGGAUUAUCUGUUUUGGAUACAAUUUGAAUGGAGUUGAUGGAGAGAAAGGGACUGCGAGAGACUGCGAGUGCGUGCACUGAUUUUAAAGCAACGAUAUUCGGGUGAUGGGCUGUUAAAAAAAUCUGGAGCUGCAAUAAAAACAAAAUUUUUUUUUUUUUAAAACAAGGUGACCCCGAAAGCCAGAUGGAGAUGGGUAAAUUAGACGCACAUUCGGUCUUUAUAUUACUGUAGCAUAGGCUAUGCUGCAGCAAAUGUAGGCCUACCUGUCACAAGGAAAAAAGUGACCAUGAUGAGAUGAUAGGUCUACAUGCAUUGUGAACUGCGCUCCAUACUGAGAUGGGCUGCCUGUCCCCACCCUGAGCGUUGAUUCAUCAUUCAGCGGCCGUAGAGAAGCCAGAUUUAGACAUUGCGUGUCAUUUAACAAUUCCAUUUCACGCCAUGCUGUUCAUAUUAAUAAUUUAUUAUAAUUUACCGGUUUCUCGCAGUUAUUUAUCCCGGGAAAAGGGAGUGGUUUUGGGCGGUAAAUCUCGGUAACCGGGUUCCCGCCAUUCAACCCUACUACAGACUGUGUCCCCCAGAGUUCCCAGAUAGUCACCAGAGAAAGAAGUAGCCACAACACUCCCAACCCAAGCUACAGACUGCUGUAACAGGAAGAAAGAGGGGGAUAGGGAGAGAGGUGAGAGUCAUCCACCACUCCCAACCCUCCUCUGGAUUUUUUGGUAUUCACACUGCAGGCAAGAAUGAGGCAGUAAAAUCAGGAAUGAACUGGUUUUACCUAUAAAUGUUCAGAUUGUAUUGAUGUCAAUGGUAAAUUAAAACAUGGUUAAAUUCUCAAUUUCCUUUGUCCUUCAGAGGUAUGUGGACUCUCCCCUACCACUGCCCACCCAGGAGGGGAAGGUUGCAGCCAAGAGAGCCAGAACACAAGGUGAGUAGAGCAGUCAUCUGAGCUGGGUGCAUUCAAGAUCACAGUUGUUUCAUUCACAAUAUUUGCACGUUUCCUAGGAGAUCGUGGGAAGUGGGAGGGGUUGUUUGUGUGGUUGUUUGGAAAAAAUAAAAUCAAUGUAAUUAUUCUGUUUGUUGGCUUGCAACUCAGUCUUUUAUAAAAAGCAAUUUUUAAUAAAUCCAAUAAAACUGUGUAAAUGAAAAUGUCCCUAUUGAGUCUAGUUUUAUAAUUGUCUCAGUGUGGGAAGAAGUGUGAUAUAGCCGUGGUGUGUAGUGCUACUGCCCAGCCAGUCUCUGCACCUGCAGGUACCACGCCCAUGUGACUUGCUCACAUAGCUGUAGUACAAAGGUUGUUACAACACCAUUAUAUUUGCUUAAACUGUUGCUAACGAUGCACUAUGAACUUCCCUUUCAAUGCAGAAACGUUGUGACCUUGAAUGGAACCCUGCUCUGAUAAGCAUUCUUGUAAUUGUUGGUCUCCACUAGUGUAUUUUAUGGUAUGAAAUACAUGCAGGGUGUAAUGUUGUCCUGAUAUGUGUUUCAGUGUCAAUGGAGAUGUGUCUGGAUGCAGACAGUCCCAUCACCACCCCUGUUCUUCCCUGUACACAAGACUUCUACCGCUCACGCUGCCUACAGGUACAGCGCUCACUGUUAAUACAAACAGGUAAAUCACCGGUCUGUACCAUGUCAGUGCAAACAGGUAAAACACAGUCUCUGUCUGGUGUCUCUUACCUGAGACAAUGAACGUUGUGUUAACUACUGUAUAUUUUUUCACUGCAAAUACAACUGUUACAAUACAAUGCAACUUUAUGCAAUCCCCUAGGGCAUUUAGUUUCAAGGCAGCAGCCACUGCAACAUGCACCUUUGCAACAAACACAUGCAUGCACUUCCUGUGUCCAGAAUGUGUUUCUAGCUGCUGUUUAGCUGCAUUGUCCCCCAAGGUAUUUCUAAGGAGCAGCAGAGCAGAUCUUCCUAUUCAUCCACCUCAACUUGUAACAGCUGUUGAAGUGUCUCCAAUCUAAACAGACAGGAGCGCAUCCAUCUCAGCUAUUAGACUUCUGCAGUAUAGACAGAGUUUAGACAGUACCAGGGGAGUCCCACUGGUCCGUAGAAGACAGUGUUUGUCUAAACCACAGUCAGUUUGACAGGAAACAGAAACGGGGAGAAUUCCCCCAGCCCAUAUGUUCAAGUCUUUGUAAACCUGCUCAGGUUGGGGAUGACUCGUCUCUGAGCUCCACUGGGGUGUAAAACUGUCACUGAAGUACAGGGACAGAAACCACAACAAACAGUGCUGAGAACAGCAGCAACUUAUGCACAUCAUUAUUUUCCUUCUGUCCUCUCUUUCUCCCUUUCUCUCCCCUCCAGUCCUACAGUAUGGUGUCCAGUCCUCGUGGCCAGGCCUUGGUGAUCAGUAACGUGUCCUUUGACCCCUGUGCUGCUCCUGACCUGGACUCCAGGAGGGGAGGGGAAGUGGACGAGGAGGUCCUCAGGAAGGUGUUCACUGAGCUGGACUACAUAGUCACCGUCCGGAGAGACCUCACAGCGCAGGUAACACACACACACACACACACACACACACACACACACACACACACAGUAAGACGGUGGUGCCAAAGGUUUAGCAGCACAACAGUGCUUCAACCAACAUGGACUAUAUCAGUGGAUCCCCCACUAGCUUCAAUCAGUGACCUUCACAUAGACCCGUGGGCUAUUAGAGUUAUGGGGUUAGCUAGUGGAGACAGCUGUUUGUAGCAUUGGUCUUACCAUUACCAUUUGUUUACAAUGCAAAGAACAAAGGGUGAAUUUACACCUCUACACUUCCUCUGUAUAACUAGUGGAGCUUGCACUUUGUGACAAAAUGUAUAAAAAUAAUUCUAACAGUGCUAUGUAAUUAGAAUAUAGUUUAAUACUUGAUUGAUUGAUUGAUCACUCUCUCUCCCUGACAGGGCAUGCGGGCGUGCAUUGAGCAGUUUGGCAGACGGCAGGAGCACCAGACACUAUCCAGCUGUGUGGUGUGUCUGCUGUCCCAUGGAGUAGAGGGGGCUAUCUACGGCACAGACGGACAGCUACUGGAGGUGUGUGUGUGAGAGUGAAAGCCUUUCGUUCAGUUGAGAGUGAAACCCUUUCUCUCUGAUGAUGAUAUUAAUUUAAUCUCUGUCUUUCUCUCUCAGUUAGACUGGGUGUUUGAGGCGUUUGACAACGCGCACUGUCCUCUACUGCAGAAUAAACCCAAGAUGUUCUUCAUCCAGGCCUGCAGAGGAGGUGAGCUCACACAUGAUCUCUCUGCCCACACUCUCCCUCCUUCCCUUUCCCCAACCCUCCCUCGCUCUUUUUGUCUCUCCCCUGUUCUCUUCUUCUAAUCCGUCUUCUCUUGGUCUCCCUCCAGAGGAGAUGGACUGUGGUGUGGAGCAGUCAGACGGGCCAGAGAGGACCCAGUCUCCUGGCUGUGAACAGAGGGAUGCAGGGAGGGAGGGAGAGGGGGAUGGAGACACCAGGCAGACGGAGGAGAGAGGCAGGCUCAGAGUCAAACUGCCCCAGCGCUCCGACAUGAUCUGCGGUUUCGCCUCCCUCAAAGGUGUGUGUGUGUGUGUGUGCAUGCUUACGUGUGUUGUCUGUUGGUUUAUGAUGUGUAUAUGGUGAAUGUUGGAAUAUUUGGUAUUGUGUGCGUGUUGGUCCCUACUAGGUAAUGUAUUGUCUGUUGGUCCCUACUAGGUAAUGUAGCGUCUGUUGGUCCCUACUAGGUAAUGUAGCGUCUGUUGGUCCCUACUAGAUAAUGUAGCGUCUGUUGGUCCCUACUAGGUAAUUUAGCGUGUGUUGGUCCCUACUAGGUAAUGUAGCGUCUGUUGGUCCCUACUAGGUAAUGUAGCGUCUGUUAGUCCCUACUAGGUAAUGUAGCGUCUGUUUGUCCCUACUAGGUAAUGUAGUGUGUUGGUCCCUACUUGGUAAUGUAGCGUCUGUUGGUCCCUACUAGGUAAUGCAGUGUCUGUUGGUCCCUGUUAGAUAAUGUAGUGUGUUGGUCCCUACUAGGUAAUGUAGUGUGUUGGUCCCUACUAGGUAAUGUAGGGACCAACUCUCCCGAAUGGCGCAGUGCUAGCUGUGCCACUAGAGAUCCUGGUUCAAAUCCAGGCUCUGUCGUAGCCGGCCGUGACCGGGAGACCCAUGGGGCGGCGCACAAUUGGCCCAACGUCGUCCAGGUAGGGGAGGGAAUGGCCGGCAGGGAUGUAGCUCAGUUGGUAGAGCAUGGCGUUUGCAACGCCAGGGUUGUGGGUUCGAUUCCCACGGGGUGCUAGUAUGAAAAAAGUAAUAAAAUAAUGUAUGCACUCACUAACUGUAAGUCGCUCUGGAUAAGAGCGUCUGCUAAAUGACUAAAAUGUAAAUGUAAAUGUAAUGUAGUAAAUGUAAAUGUAAUGUAGUGUCUGUUGGUCCCUAUUAGGUAAUGUAGUGUGUUGGUCCCUACUAGGUAAUGUAGUUUGUUGGUCCCUACUAGGCACUGCAGCCAUGAGGAACACCAAGAGAGGAUCCUGGUUCAUCCAAGAGCUCAACUCAGCACUCCGCUUCAGAGCCAGAGACACACACCUAUCAGACAUACUGGUGCAGGUAAACACAAACAAACACACACCACAUAUCACUGUCAUAGUAAGUGCAUUUUCCCUCAAUAAAGUAGUUAUCAGCAAAUUCAGUGCUAGUAACCUUUUGUAACCUCUGUCCCCAGGUGAAUGGUCGUAUUAAAGAAAGAGAAGGCUAUGCUCCUGGCACUCCCCACCAUCGCUGUAAGGAGAUGUCUGAAUUCACCAGCUCCCUCUGCAAAGACCUCUACCUGUUCCCCAAGUACCACCCUCAGUACUGACACACACACAUUCCGGCGCACCUACAUCGUCACACACACACCGCACCCACUACUGACACACACACACACUGUUAUACACACUCAUAGAGGAUUCAUUCAUUCACAUUUGCUGUGCAAAUUCCCUCUCACAGACAAACUCUUGGAAAGGAAAAUGGAACAAGUUUAUGUAAAUAUAUGUACUUGGUAAUGGGCAUUAAGUAUACGUUACUGGUAUGCAGCUUAUGUGUGUACCUACCUAUCAGCUAAGCUUCCUGUAUGUGUAUCUGUGCCAGUUAUGAAUGGGAUUGAAAUGUUCUAUGAAAUAAUUUUAGCUAGCUAACACACCAGAGUAUAUUUAAAUCUUUCGCUUUUAAUUUCGUACUAAACAGUAUCUUUUGGGUUUCAAGAUGAUUCUUUUUUUAAACAUGUAUUUUGUAUGCAGAUAUAUUUGUAUCCAGUUAUUUUGUAUCAAAUCCUUUUGAAGCUCUUUUUUGUAAGAAUUUUAAAGCCCUUGUCCCCUUUUUGUAUGAAAAAAUGUUUAUUAUAACAUGCAUAAUGUUAUAUGCAUUAGAAUACGAAAUCCCCCUGACCAAAUGAAGGUAUGUAUCCGUGUCCACCUGAUGGGCAGACAGAUGGCAGUGUAGAGUUGUUGGCUGAUGAUGCAGCAUAGAGGGAGCUGCAUUUCAAUACCUUACCGUUUUUACCCCCUCAUCCUAGUAAUCUUGAGUCUUCCACUGAAGGACAUUGGAACAAGUAGAUAUGAUAUUGGGAGAUUCCAGUUUGUUAGCAAUGAUUUGAUGUGUUAUUGAUCCAACGAGUGUAAUGGAGUCAUGACCAUUUCUCUCACAAACAACCGUCCUCCUCCCCCCUCCAAUCUCUGUACCUCCAUGAGGGGCUUACUAUGUAAACAAGUUAGGGCACGUCUUUACAUCAAGUUGCCUUAUGGCAUAUAGAAUAAUUUUUGUAACCAGACUGUUAUUACUUAGAUGUGAUGAAAGAAAUGUGUCACAUUUGGGGGGGGAUUAGUUACAUUUAUAUGUAGUCACACCAAUGAAUUAUAUUAGAAUUCUAUGUAACUGCUUGUGAUCUCUGGUCAACUUGAGAUCUAAGUUAUCCACUGUCAAUGUUUCUUUGACCAUUAAGAUUUCAGUUCACAAAAUGGAUGUACAUGGAUGUUUUAAAGAUAUAUGGAUUGAUUUUAAAGCAGCUACUGUAUUUUCCUUAGAAAUUUGAUAUGCAAUAUUCCAUAGCAAUGUGUGCCAUGUGAAAGAUGUAUUAAGUAUUGUCUUUAAAAUACUUGGUUGAUCAUUUAUAUAAGACAAUGCAUCACAUUCAAGUGUAUGAGCAGCAAUAUUGAUGUUUCUCAGAAUGAGCAGUGUAUGAAUUGUAUGAAUGAAGCUGUUGACCAACCAAUCACAGAGACAGCGCGGUGUGCCCAUCUUUAAAAGGGACAGUUCCAUAGAGAUCCUAUUAAAUUAGUAUUCUAAUUCUAUGGACAGUUCACCCCAAAAUCAAAGUUUGCCAGUUUGUUAGAAGUUUUCCAUUUGGUUUGAAGCCUCUAGUUCAGUUAGUUCAAACUUAAUGUGUACAAUAUGGCAGUAUCUACACAACAGGUAUGGGGGGAAAGUCAUAUUUGUUGUUAUUGUAAAUGUUCAGAAAGUGGAUUUUGUGGUGAAGGUGGCUAUCCCUUGAAAGUGAAGUACUGAUGGCUGGGGUUCACUGCCAUAAGAUAAGGAUCUGCUGGGGAUGGGGGAGAAGAUGACUGUAUUUAUGUGGAAAACAAAGACUGCCAAAUGUUCAAGAAAAUAAACAACCCUCUGUUUUUUCUAUGAAUUGACUUUCUAUGAGUUGUGUUGACAUGCACUGUGUGCUGUGUGUGUGAAACUGUGUACGAGAGAGCGCUGUACAUAUGUACACUGCAUGAUAUUAUAUUUUGAUCUCUCGUUGUUGUUUGUUUAUAUCUGUGUACAUCCUGUCCCCCUCUCAGUAUACUGGUAUAGUAUAACUCAUAACCCUGUAGUAAGGAGUAUUUCAUGACUAUGAUAUGCAUCAUGAGUCACACACUGAGCACCACCACUGUGAUAAUGUUCUCUGUGUAUCAGGUAGUGCCUCAGCCAGCUGUCCAUAGUCAUUCUGCCUGACACACAUCACACACAUCUCACACUCGCCCUCGGUCAGAGUGACACAUUUUUCUCUGGCCACCACCGUGCAGUGAGAUUAGGUUGUUAUGCGGUGGCGUGUGGUCUCCAAAGCAGAGAAGAGGUUUAAGGGAUUGGUGGGGCCCGGGCCAUUCUCUCUCUCUCUCUCUCUCUCUCUCUCUCUCUCUCUCUCUCUCUCUCUCUCUCCUCUCUCCUCUCUCCUCUCUUCUCUCUUCUCUCUUCUCUCUCUCUCUCUCUCUCUCUCUCUCUCUCUCUCUCAGGGCCAUGUGCCAUGCUGUCUCAUCAGGCUGA